AUGCAAGGAUCGUGCGAGAUCGUGCGUGAGGCGACAUCGACGUGCGAGAGGCGUGCGACGUGGCCUUGGCAGGUAGCAGCACAGGAUACCGUUUAUUCUUGUAUAGGUGGCAACCAAGUUUGCAAUAACAUGGCAUAUCUAACAGCACAUGAAUCCUUAAGAAGGUUUGUGCAUUAUGAAAAUCCUUGGAUCGUAACUGAAAAUGAUGCAAUGUUUUUCUCAUCAGUUCCAAGACCGUACCUGCAAUUUGAAGCACAGCUGGUAGCUGGGAAAUCUUAUACCCUUUCACCUAUCAAUUGCCCUCAUCAAUCUGCAGUUUCACAAAUGCGUUCUACCAUUUCUAUUGAAAGGGAGAAACAUGAAGCUGAGCUUAAGUAUCCUAGAAGGCUGCAGAGAUUAAAUAUAUUUCCCUCCAAUAAAGUUGAGGAUAUGCAGCCUAUUGAUCGUUUUGUUGUUGAAGAAUAUGUGCUUGAUGUGCUUCUUUUCUUCAAUGGCUGCCGCAAGGAAUGUGCAACUUAUUUGGUUGGACUGCCUGUACCCUUUCGCUAUGAGUAUCUGAUGGCUGAGACAAUUUUUUCACAGCUACUUUUGCUUCCCCAAGCUCCGUUUAAAUCAAUGUAUUAUACAUUGGUGAUCAUUGACCUUUGCAAGGCACUUCCCGGAGCAUUCCCUGCUGUUGUUGCUGGAGCCGUACGUGCUUUGUUUGAGAAAAUUGCUGAUUUAGAUAUGGAGUGCCGAACAAGGCUGAUUCUAUGGUUUUCUCACCAUUUAGCAAACUUUCAGUAUAUAUGGCCAUGGGAAGAAUGGGCAUAUGUGAAGUACCUCCCUAAGUGGGCCCCCCAACGAGUUUUUGUUCAAGAAAUAUUGCAAAGGGAAAUUCGUUUAUGUUAUUGGGAUAAGAUUAAACAGAGCAUUGAAAAUGCCCCUGCGCUGGAGGAGCUUCUUCCCCCAAAAGGUGGACCUUGCUUCAUAUAUAGUAUUGAUAAUGAUCAAGAAGGAGGGAAGGGCCAUAAACUCUCCGCAGAGCUGAAGAGCAUGGUUAGGUCACGGAAGACUACUCGUGAAAUUAUUUUAUGGAUGGAGGAAAAUUUGAUUCCAGUACAUGGAAACAAAUUUGCUGCUGAAGUUGUCAUUCAGACUCUAUUGGACAUUGGUUCAAAAAGCUUCACUCAUUUAAUAACUGUGCUGGAGAGAUAUGGGCUAGUUUUUGCCAAACUCAGCACUAAUGUGGACAUGCAAGUUCUUGUGAUUAAUGAAGUUACCUCUUACUGGAAGAACAAUACCCAGAUGAUUGCAAUAGCCAUUGAUCGAAUGAUGGGCUACCGACUCAUUUCAAAUUUGGCUAUCGUCAGUUGGGUCUUCUCUGAAGCUAAUGUUAAUCAGUUCCAUCUUUCAGAUCGCCCAUGGGAGAUACUUCGGAAUGCAAUCAACAAGACAUAUAAUCGAAUAUCUGAUCUAAGAAAGGAAAUCCGAUCCCUUGAAAACGAAAUUUUACUAGCUGUGGAAACUUCAAUGAAGGCUCAGAAAGAGUAUGAAGCCGCUGAAUUAAAACUAGAAAUUGUUGAUGGACAACCCGUGCAGGCUGAAAAACCGGGAAGAUUAAAGCGACUGAAGGGAUAUGCUGAUCGGGCAAAAUAUGAAGAGAAUUCCAUAAGGGAAUCUCUAGAAGCAAAGGAGGCUCUUCUUAUUCGAGCUCUUGAAGAAAAUAAGGAACUAUUUAUCUCGCUAUAUAAGAGCUUUAAAUUUGCACUCACGGAACGUUUGCCUUCCUUCUCUCCUGAUGGAAAACUGCCCAACUUAAGAUAUGGUCAGAUUGACUUCAUGACCGUUGAUCUUGAAAAACCACCAAAAAUGGAUGUUGAUCACGAAAAUGGAAAUAAUAGCAUUGUCUCUGAUGGUGAAAGAGCAGCUAAUGCCUAUAACAUCGGGGAGUUAGAGCAGUGGUGUCUAACAACAUUGGGCCAUGUGAAGGCUAUUUCCAGGCAAUAUUCAACAGAGAUCUGGCCCCAUGUGGAGGUCUUGGAUGCAGAAGUUUUCAAUAAAGAAAUUCAUCCGCUGUUCAGGAAAGCAGUAUAUGAUGGUUUAGGCCGAUCAAUCACUUAGCCAGCCAUGAUUAAGUUUGAGAAAUUCUUCCGAUGUUCAGGAAAGCAGUAUUUUGUUCAAUUUUCAGAAGGCAAAUACCUUAAUUUUUAUGUUGUAUUACAUUAGGCAUCUUGGUAGUCCUUUUCUACAACUUGUUACUCGAUUCUGUGAGCUAAUGUAUUUUAAAAUUUGGAAUUCCCAAUCAGUUAAUUGCCAAUGUUAAUCUAUAUCAUCAUUACCAUUUUUAGCUUUGGGAUCAACAAUAUUGCUCUUA